UGCACAGUGGCGUACCCCACGGACGCCUAUGGAAUUUUGGAAUUCCAAGGCGGUCCACAUCCAUCAAAAGCACAGUAUAUCAGAGUGGCGCACGACACAAAACCUGAACACCUCAUGCAGUUAAUAACCCGUGAGUGGAAUUUGGAACUACCAAAACUCCUCAUAUCAAUUCAAGGCGGUAAAGCGAACUUCGAACUACAACCUAAACUGAAAAAAGUCCUCAGGAAGGGCUUACUAAAAGCCGCCAGAUCCACGGGAGCGUGGAUAUUCACGGGAGGAACGAAUACAGGCGUUACCAGGCAUGUAGGGGAUGCUCUGCUGCUAGAGAGAUCUCAAAGGACCGGAAGAGUGAAUACCCUUGGAAUAGCCCCAUGGGGGAUCGUCGAGAACAAUCAGGAUCUUAUUGGCCACAACACCGAGGUUCCGUACCACUCCAUAUCAUCGCCCAGGUCCAAAAACGCAGCUUUAAACAAUAGACAUGCAUACUUCCUUUUGGUGGACAACGGAACAGUGGGAAAAUAUGGUGCAGAAAUCAUUCUACGAAGGAGACUAGAAAAGUACAUAUCAAAACAGAGAUUAUAUCCAUUUACACAAAGUCCCAUACCAAUAGUGUGUUUGGUAAUAGAAGGUGGCACAAACACAAUUAGAGCCGUGUUAGAAUAUGUGACUGACGAACCUCCAGUUCCUGUAGUUGUCUGUGAUGGCUCUGGUAGGGCAGCUGAUCUCAUCGCCUUCAUGUGCAAAUAUGAUUGUACAGUACUUAAAACGAUGAAAGAAUACAUCAUCGCAACCAUUCAAAGAGCAUUUGAAGUAGCAGUGGAACUAGCGGAUGGACUCUUUGCAGAACUGAUGCAGUGCGUAGAAAAUAAACAUCUAAUAACAAUUUUUAGAAUAGCUGACAAAUAUGACCAAAAACCCCAAGAAUUGGACCAAACAGUUUUAACAGCUUUAUUUAAGUCUCAGCAUCUCUCACCAACAGAACAACUGAGCCUAGCUCUAACAUGGAACCGAGCAGAUAUAGCAAGAUCAGAGAUAUUCGUUUAUGGUCAAGAAUGGCCCCAGGGAGCUUUAGAAGACGCGAUGAUAAAAGCUCUAGAACACGACAGAUGUGACUUCGUAAAACUCCUUUUAGAGAAUGGUGUGAGCAUGCGAAAAUUCUUAACAAUACCAAGACUGGAAAAUUUGUAUAAUAGUAAACAAGGGCCUACUAACACUUUACGUUACAUAUUAAGAGACGUAAGACCACAUAUCCCUCCUGGUUACGUUUAUACUUUACACGAUAUUGGAUUAGUAAUUAACAAACUAAUGGGUGGUGCAUACAGGGCUUUUUAUACAAGAAGGAAAUUUCGACCUAUUUAUGCAAAGGUAAUGAAUAAAGGGCAAAGUAUGGCUAAUCAGUCAGCAAGGCAGUUUGGAGCUAUGAGCCUAUUAGCUGGUGCUCUUCCGGGAAAUGCCAACCCCUGUUUGUUUGACUACCCCUUUAAUGAGCUUUUGAUAUGGGCAGUCCUCUUAAAAAGGCACAAAAUGGCACUGCUGAUGUGGCAACAUGGAGAAGAAGCUUUGGCUAAAGCCCUUGUGGCAUGUAAGCUUUACAAGGCUAUGGCUCACGAAGCAGCGGAAGACGACAUGGAAACUGAAGUUUACGAAGAAUUGAGGGCAUAUGGAAAGGAAUUUGAAAACAUUGCGCUGGAAGUACUAGAUUAUUGUUACCGACAAGACGAUGACCAAACGCAACAACUCCUGACUUGUGAGCUGCAAAACUGGUCUGGACAAACAUGCCUCAGUCUCGCUGUGGCUGCAAACCAUAGAGCUUUAUUGGCCCAUCCAUGUUCGCAAAUCAUUCUAGCUGAUUUAUGGAUGGGGGGUUUACGCACAAGGAAGAACACCAAUAUGAAAGUUAUUAUGGGACUCAUUUUUAUGCCAUAUAUCUUAAAGUUAGAGUUCAAGUCUAAGGAAGAACUGCAGCUUAUGCCUCAAACCACUGAGGAGCACAUGGAAUUAGAAAAUGAGGACGAUGAUAAAUCUGAUUCAGAAAAGAACCCAGAUGGUGAAAAGCGUACUAGAAGUUUGAGUAUUCGGAGCAGAUCUUCCAAUCCACAAGGUGUAAAGGCACUUCUGACUGAGAAUUUCAUAACCCGAGACACCAUCGUUCAAGAGAACGGAAAGGUCUUACCCGAGGUGGAUGAAAGUAAAUAUCACAUAUUCUUCACCGACACAUCAUAUAUCGAUAAAACUCCAAAGAACCGUGAACUAAGAAUUAAAAAGAAGUUGUACGAAUUUUACACCGCUCCCAUCACCAAAUUUUGGGCAAAUGCUAUUGCUUAUAUAACAUUUUUAGUAAUAUUCAGUUUCACAGUACUUGUCAAAAUGGAGGCAAUGCCUUCUUGGCAGGAGUGGAUGGCUAUAGCUUUUGUUUGCACGCUUGGUUGUGAAAAACUCCGUGAACUGUUUUCGUCCGAACCCGUAGGGUUGUCACAGAAACUGGCUGUGUGGUCUUGGAAUAUGUGGAAUCCUUGUGAUAUGGCCGCGGUACUGACUUUUCUCAUAGGAAUGUCGCUUAGGUUAAGGGAAGACACACUGAGAAUAGGCCGGGUAAUAUACUGCGUGAACAGUAUUUAUUGGUACCUUCGUAUAUUGAAUAUUUUAAGUGUAAAUAAAUAUUUGGGACCACUGGUAACAAUGAUGGGUAAAAUGGUUAAAAACAUGAUAUAUUUCGUAGUUCUGUUGUUAAUAGUACUGAUGAGUUUUGGAGUGUCAAGACAGGCUAUUUUGUCACCUGACAAGGAAGCUAGUUGGACUAUAGUUAGAGAUGUAUUUUUGGAACCAUACUUCAUGUUGUAUGGUGAAGUAUAUGCGGAUAAAAUAGAUCCACCCUGUGGAGGAAUAGGAGAAGAAGAAUGUUUAACAGGCAGAUGGAUUUCACCUGUAAUCAUGUCCAUCUAUUUAUUAGUUGCAAACAUCCUACUCAUCAACUUGUUAAUAGCAGUGUUCAACAAUAUAUUCAAUGAAGUUAACGCCAUUGCACAUCAGGUUUGGAUGUUCCAGAGAUUCACCGUUGUAAUGGAGUAUGAACAAAAACCGAUACUGCCACCUCCUUUUAUAAUCUUCUGUCACAUUUUCUUGUUAUUCAAGUACUUAAAGCGGAAAAUGGAGGGCAUAGAAGAAAGUUACGACAAUGGUUUGAAAUUAUUCUUGGACAGGGACGAGAUGGAACGGCUGUACGAUUUUGAAGAAGACUGUGUCGAAGGAUAUUUUGCUGAACAAGAAAAUAAAUUACAACAAUCGACAGAAGAAAGAAUUAAAGUUACUACAGAAAGAAUUGAACAUCUCACUCAGAAAGUUGAAGAUAUCCAUACGAAAGAAAACAUGCAAACGACUGUUCUCCAAAAUUUGGAAGUUCGUUGUCGUAAAUUCACAGAACAGUUGCAGGAUAUGGCCACAGAACUUGAUGAGAUGCGUCAACAGUUUCAGAAACAACGCUUUGGUGUUAUUGUACCGUCCACGUCCGCAACUGAAGGAUUGCGUGAAAGAUCAAUAAGCGAACAGACUGAAGCUCCCUCUGAAGAAGAAUCUGUUAUUGGCCAGUUGAUGGUGCUGCCAGCUAAAAGGAAGCCAAUAGUUAGGUCUCUUACCGAAGUGAGGCCGGAUGCUUAUAUUUUUGACAAUGGGCAACAUAUCGAAUAUCGGUUUGAUGAAGACGAUGAUACAUGCGAAAGAGAACAUUUAGACAGUAUUUCUUUAAGCGGGAGCCGACAACAUUUAGAAUUUGUGCGACAGAGAACCAAAAGUACAGACUCCAAGACAUCAAAUGAUAGUGAUGAUGUAACUGCAGAUGACGUAGCAGGACUCAGUUUGGAUAUAUUAAGAAACAGAGCUCUACAAAGGAGGAGGGACUCAACUGGAACUACUAGGAGAGGUUCAGAAAGCGGUGGAAACGUAACUUAUGCAGGCGGGAGAAAACGUAACCACUCAGACAUGUCCAAUCCUGAAAUCGCAAUCAACUUUGAAAAGGAGCACCUACGCAGUGCUGAGGAGUGCGAUUACAUGGUAAUGGAAAAUCUCAUACAACGACGCUAUGAAGAAGAAGAAGAAGAUAACGAUCCUCAACAUGCCCAGAAUCCAGCACUCCUUAGUGUAGUAACUGAAACUCGGGAAUAUCGAAUUAAUGCCUGGCCUAUACGCAAUGCUCUUCGGAGAUCGAGUGCUGUUGAAGGUGAAGUACCGUCUGUACAGGGUCCAUUAUUAGAUUCUAACAAUUCAUCCACUGAUCGCCAAGAUUCCACAGAAUCCAGUGAUAAUCAGUCUGCCGUUACGCAACCACCUCUGCCACAACGACCUUCUAUCGUCAUCGAUUCAUCGCAACUACCAAUUCAACAAGAAGUACUAACAAAGACCGAUUCUAAGGGUAGUCUUCAUAUGCAGUCAGAGACCAUGUGCUAGGCUAGCGCCAGUUUCUAGCAGAUCAUAGAGUACUGCAAGUUUACCAAUGUGUAGGUGUUCUUUGAGGGAUAUACAUCAUGGAAUUUUGUACCUCAAAAGGGCAUACAUAGUAAAUAAUGGCCUCGUAUAUCAAACGUGAUUUUUUUUAUUCAAUUUAUAAUCUAGAAACUAUACUUUAUUACUAUCUACUUUUUUAGCUGAAAAAAUAAUUGAGCAGUCAAAAUGACAUAUCAGGAUUCAGUGAACUUGCUUCUAAAAAUGAUUUACUUAUUGUUAAUAACUGUACUGGGUGGUCCACCAGAGAAGUAGGGACUUCCUCUGAUAUCUUUGAGACAGGAAAGAUAAAUGUUACAUGGAACUUUUUUCAUAUUUCAAUAUUAUGUUGCGAAUACAAUUGUGUAUCAGAUUAUAACAGUAUAUAAUCUAUUAGUAGUAGAUUAUAGUGACGUAAGGUUUAACAGAUCUAUUUCUCACCAUUGGACAACUCUAUACAUCAAAUUCAUGGACAAAGUCAGACAACUAUUUUAGGUUUUUGUUAUCUUGCUAUAAAUGGGAAUGUUGGCUUUAAAUUUACAUUUUUUAAUUUUGGCUGCUUGACAACUCUAUUGUGUGACUAAUGCUUUAAAUAGAUUGUUCCGUAAGAAUGAUGGUCAAUACAAACAUAAUUUUUGAGUAGUUGGCGUGGUACUUGUAAUACUUAGAUGAAUAUGAUGAUGAAUGAUACGAAAAAAUUAAUUGUAAUCUUGACUUGACUUUUUCGUUACAUUAUUCCAAUUGCACUUAUAUUCACAAGAUAUAUACCAUUUGAAACGUUACCUAUUUGUUUUUAGUGUCCAAAUUUGAAAGACCAACAUUAAUUUUUAACGACAAUUGCAUAAAUAUAGGUAUACACUCCUUCCCCAUAAAAUUUCCUAAAUCUAAAUAAAAUAGUGUACUAUAAAUAAAUUAUUAAGCAAAUACUUCUAAUGGCUCUAAAAAGAUUCAAAGUUACAUUUGGCAAUUUGAAUGUAUUGCUUCAUUUUCUUCACUUUUGAAAUAUUUGAAGUCUUCCUUAUGGACUUAUACUCAUUUGACAAGUACAAAUAUUCAAAUCUAUUGCGUACUAUUUUUCCUCGUUAAUUUAUUAUAACUAUAUCUAUUUCUUCCUCUGCUCUAGCAUGAAAUUGUUAAUUGAAGACCUUAGCAAAUUUGUAACUAUAUUUUCGCUACCUGCCAAUUAUCAAUUAAAUGACUUAAAAAGUUGCUGGAAAAAAAUUUGAAUAAUCAUUCAUGUAAUAAAAUUUCUACCCCUUCACCUCUUUAAUAGGUGAUUUUAAAACUUGCAGUAUUCGUGAUUUUCAUCACUUUCAUCCAUAUCAUUUAUAUUUAAUUUUAUUGUUCCUAUUUAUUUCUUUAGUCAAUUGUAUAUACAUACCUAUUUAUACACUAUUAAAUAAUUUGUCUGCUCUAAUUUAUAUUUUAAAAAAAAAUUCACUUCUAGAUAUUCUU